CUCUAUUUUAUCAUACCGGCCGGUCGCCCCCUCACAACCCUUGUUGCUCAAAAAUCUCUCCUAUCUGAGUCAAACCCUUGCUAUACGCUGGUGAAGACUUUGCGAUUCUUCCCAAUGUUCGAGUCGAUAUGGCGCAGGAAUUCGUGCCUGCAAAGGUUCCCUUAGCUGGGAAUGUCUUCUCCGUCAUACUAUCUAUGAGCACCUUUGCGGUCCUCGCAGUAUGCCUAACUCGACGAGUGCAAAACGUCAAAAAGUGGAGGCAGUUGCCGCUUGCGAGCAUCUUACUCCUCGUCAUCUACAUUGAUUCAACUUUAUUCAUCAUCGCAACCUCAAUCAUCGCACGGGGCGUCGGCAUCAAUACAUCUCCAGGCAUUUGUGAAGGAGGAAUUUUAUUAUGUCUAGUCUGUUAUAUGACCACGAAGGUGUUAAUAUAUUACUUUCUUGUUGAAAGAGCGUACAUCAUUCGAGGCAGCCGACUGUCUCGGCUGAAGGACAAAUUGUAUUGUUUCAAUUGUUUUGGAAUGCUGAUACCCUAUGUCAUCGUCAUUAUCCUAAACUUUGUCUGGCGCAUCUCAUAUAUUAAUGAUGAUGGGGUUUGUAUCAUCGGCAUGGAAAAACGAGCAAUGAUGCCGUUGAUUAUAUUCGAUGUCGUCCUAAAUGUCUAUCUUACCUGCCUUUUCAUAGUUCCAUUGAGGAAACUCUACUCGUACCAACACGAUAGGAACCAUUCCCUCCGACGGAUGGCUACGCGCAGUUUUAUCGGCGCUGUAGCAACUUUGCUUUCAUCAGUCGUCAACCUGACGGUCCUCAUGGUUUUGAAGGGCGAACCAGGCUGGAUAUGUCUCAUGUGCUGCAAUGCCGACAUUCUAUUCUGCGUCCUAGUCCUCCACUGGCUCACGCAGAGCGACUCCUCACGGACGGGUUCUACAAAUGGAUCCAACCAUGCCGCCGGCGACCAGGAAAACCCACACCCCAAUUUCAGUAGAUUUAGUAUCCGUCAACCAACCAGACCAAGACCCGCAUCUCUACCAGGAUGGGCAGCGAGACGGUUGACAGAGCCGAGAAAGAUUCUCUCGGGUACCAUCACGACGGAGUGCAGGAGCGAUCCGCAGCCGGAGGUCCGAAAGAGCGAAGACCCGAACUUCCUGGAGCUUCACGCGAUAAGGGUGGACACAGAACAGACGCGGGAGAUCGAGAUGAACGAGGGCUCCACGGUCGAGAUUUGCAACGGAGGUGAGAGCAGGAGCGAAACAGAUGUCAACGAAGAAGUUGGCGGAACCGAUCCUUCCAGAGUCAGCGUCGAAAAGAUGGUAUAGGGGAAAAGGCGUUAUUGGCCAUCACCAUGUGGCCCGGAAAA